AUCUCUGAGAUGGUCGCUCAGUUCAGACAGUCAGCUCAACAGAAAGCCAGCAGCAGCAGCUCAGAGCAACAAGUGUCCAAACCAGGAGAAGUUCCCUGUGACGUCUGCACUGGAACCAAACUGAAGGCAGAGCUGGGGAAGACAGAGGCUGAAAUUCAGCAGAUGAUCCAGAAGAGACGACUAAAGAUUCAGGAGAUCAAACACUCAGUCGACCUCAGUGAUGAAGAUGCAGACAGAGAGAUAGCAGAAGGUGUUCAGGUCUUCACUUCUCUGAAGGAGUCUGUUGAGAGAGGCCUGAAUGAGCUCAUCAACACCAUCAAAGAGAAGCAGAAAACAACAGAAAAACAGGCCGAAGCUUUCAUCACAGAGCUGGAACAGGAAAUCUCUGAGCUGAUGAAGAGAAGCACUGAGGUGGAGCAGCUUUCACACUCUGAAGACCACCUCCAUCUUCUCCAGAGGGUCCAGUCCCUAAACAUCCAACAACCUCCACCCACCAAGGACUGGACAGAGGUCAGGGUCCGUCCAUCAUCAUAUGAGGGGACUGUAGUGAAAGCUGUGGUUCAGCUGGAGGAGACACUCAGUAAAGAGAUGAAGAAGCUGGCUGAGUCUGAGCUGAAGAGGGUCCAGCAGUAUGCAGUGGAUGUGACUCUUGAUCCUGAUACAGCACAUCCUGCUCUCAUCCUGUCUCAUGAUGGGAAACAAGUGAAUCUUGGGGAUGUGAAGAAGAAUCUUCCAAACCACCGAAAGAGAUUUUCCAACCAUCCUUGUGUUUUAGGAAAACAGAGUUUCUCUUCAGGCAGAUUUUACUUUGAGGUUCAAGUCAAAGGAAAGACUGAAUGGGAUUUAGGAGUUGCCAGAGAGUCGAUCGACAGGAAGGGAGACAUCAGGCUGAGCCCUGAGAAUGGUUACUGGACGAUAUUGUUGAAAAAGAGAAAUGAGUACAAAGCUCUUGCUUCCCCUCCAGUCCUGCUCUCUCUGAAGCCUCGGCCUCAGAAGGUGGGGGUGUUUGUGGACUAUGAGGAGGGUCUGGUCUCCUUUUAUGACGUAGAUGCUGCAGCUCUUAUCUACUCCUUUACUGGCUGCUCCUUCACUGGGAAACUCUUCCCAUACUUCUUUACUGGUUAUAUUUAUGGUCGUAAAAACUCUGCCCCUCUGAUCAUCUCUCCUGUCAGAGUAAACUAAUCAGAACCAGAAUACUUUGUUGAUCCCCUCAGGGAAAUUGUUAGUUGCAAUUGCUCACAGUCAGGGUAAAAAGUAAGAAAUAGAAAAAAGAUAGUUAAUAAGUGUAUAAAGUAACAUAGCUACAGUACAUUGCAAGAAAUAAAAAGUUAAG